CCAAUUGGUCUGCUGAGGUUAUCUCUCUCAUUCCCCAUGUACCCAUAAAUUCCCUCAACAUCCCCAGGUCUCAUCUCUAUCACAGCCUCGCGAUUCUCAAUCUUUAAUACCUCCAGUCUAAAGGUCUGUGCUAGAAGCAAGAAGAUAUGUCAGGACUAGAAGCAAUCCCAAUCGCAGCACUGGUAUGCGCCAUCAUCAGCGCCUUCACCGGAAGCGCCAAUCUCCUCAAAAGAGUUCCGCGAGACAAGCGUCUCAAGUAUCACCACGUAGGCAAAUCCCUCGAUCACGGCUCAGAAAAAGUCCAAAAUGACUUCAAUCGCUACGUUUCUCGACUAGGACGAAGAUUCGAGAGAGGUGAUGAACAAGCAAGACAAGAACUCCGCAAUGUAGCCUUCAUGCUACAAUCCAACCUCCUGAAAUCCGUGUACCACGUCCUGGACGGCAGGAACGCCGCGUUCGGGGACGUACACGAAUUAUCUGAACAAGGGCGCCGGGACGCUGUCUGGGCGCUCGGGUCGCAGUAUCAGAGGAUUUUGAGCGCUGCUCCGUUCGCGAGGGCGUUGCAGGAUGGGUAUGAGAUGGCUACUAGACGACCGGUCGAGUAUUCGCAGAGAGAGGCGUUGCCGCCGCAAGUUGAGGAGCGGGUAGUUGUGCGGAGGCGAGCGAGAGAGCCGGAGUAUACGGUUGUGGAGAGUAGGGGACGACCUUCUUAUUAUGAGGUUGAGAGACCGGGGAGGUGGGAGGUGGUUGAGGAACGGGCGUUUGAUUCUUAUGAUAGUAGGCAUAGUACUACGGGAUGGCGCCCUCGAUCACGGUCUCGUUCGAGGAGGAGGAGCUCGAGUCGUUCUAGGUAUUCUGUUUACUAGAUUUUGUUUAGGAAAGAGGAACUACUUUCCCUCUGUCAGCAUUCAUGACUUUGAUCUGCGUUUUGUAUUUCUGGUUUGCAGCUCGAUUGAGUCACCAGCCACUAUGCAAGUAUAGUUUGGUGAAUAGCGAUUCUGGAUAUCAAGACGGGGAUAGGGGUGAUAUGCAGCAAAAGUAAGCACACUAAGCCAGCACUACAAGGACCAAAAUGGGGAGUGUACCUGCCCCAUAU